UUUUAAUUUAAGCGCUAAUGAAAGACUGAAAUUCAUUACACUCUGAAUAGAUGAAUGAUGUAAUACACCACCAUCUCAAAACAUGCUUAAAAUCAGUAUUUUCAAUUGUGUUUUCUUUUUUUGCAUAAUUUAUUGCAAGGGAAAACACCUAUCAUCUAGUCAACCAUCACAAGUGGAUAUCCGACAAGUAUUAAAAGAUGAAGAAACCAUACCGUUGCUCGUCGACGAUAUAUCUACCGAUGAAAUUUGCAAAGUGGUUUACGAAAAUCAGACCAUAAUUCCGGGACAGCUUUUACGCGGUAAUCUAACUACACAUCCGCCAAAUAUGACAUGGCCAGCAGAUAAUAAUUCGUACUAUUUAAUAUACAUGAGUGGUAUGACUCGCUGGUUGCCUUUUCAUCCAACGAUAAUGCCCCUGGAAGAACGUCUUUACCCGAAAGAUAUCGAAUGGGAGAACUGGGUUAUGAUAAAUGUCCCAGGAUGUAACGUUUCAGCAGGAGAUACUCUGGCUGAUUACAUUUACCCAGGAUAUCCAAUAAGGGAUAACAUGAGAGAAAAAUUUACGUUCUUUGUAUACAAACAACCGUACAAGUACAAGUACCAUGUAUUAAGAGAUCAUUUAGAUAAAGCGUUUCCAGAAGAAAUCACAUUCAGAAAUUUCGUCAAGAUGUACAAAUUGACUGAACUCGUGGCUGUCAACUGUUUUCAUACAGAAUGGGAUGACUCUUUUAGGCAUACGAUGAGCUCUAUGCGAUGGGAGCAUGAUGUUAUGUACAAUGGCAGCACCAGACCGACCAUGCCUUAUUUUAAUUUAUCUGGUUUACCAGAAAUAGAUUAUAAAAAAAUAGUAAAAAAAUUUGGCUGGGAAAAUUAUACCCUUUCCCCAGAUCAACUCGAAUAAGAAAUUUGUAUGCUUAUGAAAUCGACAUUUGUAAAAAUGAUAACUAUCAAAAGUAUUUAAAAAUGUAUGAUUUUUAAAAAAUAAAUAAAAAUUAGAUAUUA